AUGUGCCAACUGUUCGUGCACUGGGAACUGACACCUGUGCGAGCCAAGCUCUCCCAGACAAUUAUUUAUCACUACAUGGAUGACAUCUUGUUUUGUCAACGCGAUCCAUUUCAAGAUGAAGAUCUCACAUUUAUCACCACCCAGCUCGCAGCAAAAGGCUUGGUGGUUGCCCCAGAGAAAAUCCAAAAACAAGCCCCAUGGAAGUACCUAGGGUGGAUUUUGACAUCUUCAUCAGUCCACCUGCAGAAAUUGGAAUUAACUACUCAAAUCAACACUCUCAAUGAUGCACAGAAACUUAUUGGAGAUCUGCAAUGGGUACGAUCCAUUGCUGGUAUACGAAAUGAUGAGAUAGCACCCUUAAUGAGCCUUUUGAAAGGUACAGACCCCCAAGCCCCGAUUACCCUUUCAGCAGAUCAAAAGAACUGUCUCAUUUAUCUAGGGAAGAAACUACUUUCAACACUAGCAGACAGACGAUUGCCAGAUGUACCUUUAGGACUUUUGAUUUGUAACCACUCUGUUGCACCAUGUGCCAUCAUAUUUCAGUGGCCUGCUUGGCAAAAAGAGAAAGGGGGAGAAGGCCCACCUAAGAGCCGUCGAGGUGCCAAGCAGCCUGCCAAGAAGCCAAUGUUAGUGCAAUUAGCGAGGAAAAGUGCAGAGCCUCUAGCAAUCCUUGAAUGGAUUUUCACACCAUAUACGCCACCAAUGAGUAUCUGGCAGAGGACAGAAGCAAUUGCUUAUCUCAUCAAAAAGGCGAGAACACGAAUAAUGGAGAUUAGUGGUGCUGAACCGGAACAUAUCAGUCUACCAAUAACGAUAGAGAAUCUUGAGUGGAUGCUGAGACACUCAGAACCAAUCCAAUUAGCGCUGCUCAACUACCCAGGAACCGUACACAACAAACAACCUAGCGACCCGCGCCUGCAGAUUGUCUUAAAACAGCGGUGGUUGCUACAGCCCAAAGUUGUGAAGCAGCCAGUGAAAGGCCUUACAGUGUAUACGGAUGCAGGAAGUCGGCAGAGGAAGGCAGCCUGUACCUGGCAAGAAGACUCGAGCUGGAGAAGUAAAGUUAUAGAUGGAGAUGCACACGACUCAUUGCAGACAUUAGAACUUACAGCCGUCGCAUGGGCACUGUCUCAUUGGCGAGACAGUAAGCUAAACAUUGUAUCAGAUUCAUUGUACGUGGUAGGAGUGGUACAACGCAUUGAAGACGCUCUCAUCAAACCACCAGAUAAUAAGCGAUUGUGUCAACUAUUUUUUCAAAUCAAAAGGGCUAUAGAGGACAGAAACGAGCCCUGUUGCAUCAUUCACAUUCGCAGUCAUCAAACAGAAUUCGGUCUCGGAGAAGGCAAUGCAAGAGCUGACAUGCUUUGGAUAAAAGCACAAGUUUUUACUGUGACUGUCGAUAAUGCCUUUGAUCUCGAGGUUUGGCUGUCGAUAGGGGACCGUUUAUGGUCUGAAUUGACUGAAGGAGAUACCAGUGUGUGCAGCCUGGCAGCAACCUGGGGCGCACUUUUUAAGGCACUGGAACAGAGCCAGUCUGAGGACAGUGAGGCCGAGAUGGAAGACUUAGAUGCCAGGAGUGCCUCUUUGGUACAAGAUGAGAGACUGGGAGAUGAGACCAUGGAUGAGUGGCGUAGCACUUCCUCGGAUCGGCCCGGGUCCUCGGAGGACUUUGGCCGCAGGCAGAGGCAGCCCGCGCGCCAGAACCCCCCCCCACCAGGACCGGCGCUGCGAGCACUGCCGCCAAACCCCCCCCCACCAGGACCGGCGCUGCGAGCACUGCCGCCAGCAGCCGCGGGGAGUUCUCCUGCCCCCCCGCUUUCCUCCGCUGGGCCCGUGCCAGGGUCGGCGCCGCCCCUCCCCGGAGCCCGGUGCGGCUGUUCUGCCGCCAUGGCCGUGGAGGGCUUUCCUGCCCCCCCGCUUCCCUCCGCGGGGCCCGUGCCGGAGUCGGCGCCGCCCCUCCCCCGCUCCCGGUGCGGCUGUUCUGCCGCCGUACCUGCUUUGAUCUCCGAGCGACAAUCUGCACCGCCUGAGGCAGCCAGCUCGUCCACUUCUUCUGAUGCCCGGAACGACCUGGCUGCGGGCCCGCCCUGGGACCAUCUCAGGCCGUCCCCACCCUGUCCGGUGACCGCGCAUCCGAAGCAUCGGGGGCAUUUUUGGGACGUGUCCUGUGUUCCUAGGACUGUUGACCGGACUCGCGGGGAUGGUGGCUUUGGAUCUACCGGACUGCCCCAAGUCUUUUGGUCUGCCUGUAUCUCUACUCAGCGACCUCAAAUGACGUGCACCCUAAGUCUGCCAACUGCCAGCCCGCCUCAAAUUCAGCUUCGAGGUCUCAUCGACACCGGGGCAGAUGUGACGAUCAUCUCCUUCUCUGCAUGGCCUCCGUCCUGGCCCUUGACUCCUAUGGGUUCGGCCAUUGAGGGAUUGGGAGUACCUACGAUCAACAAUGCUGAACCCGUGCAGAGGUAUCAAUGGAAAGUUUUGCCACAGGGCUGCAAGAACAGCCCGACUAUUUGUCAGUGGUAUGUAGCUCAGGCCUUAUCUGGAGUCCGUGAGCAGUUCCCUGAAGCUUAUUGUUAUCAUUACAUGGAUGACAUCCUGGUAGCAGGAUCCACCCAGGAUGAACUGCUGAGGAUACAGCCCCAGCUGUUCGGAGCUCUGCGUUCUCAUGGCCUGCAGGUAGCUCCGGAAAAGGUUAGGCAGCAUCCUCCUUGGAAAUACCUAGGAGUCAAAAUCUUAGAUCGAACCAUUUGCUAUCAAGAGGUGCAAUUCGUGGAUUCUAUCAAAACUCUGAAUGAUGCCCAAAAAUUGAUGGGUAUCAUCACAUGGUUGCGUCCUUACUUGGGGCUAACCACAGCACAGUUGUCCCCAUUGUUCAAUCUUUUGAAGGGGGACCCUGAUCUGAAUUCCCCUCGGGAGCUGACUCCUGAAGCGCAGCAAGCUCUGGAGGAUGUUCAACAGGCUGUUUCUGCUCGGCAGGUUUACCGGGUGGAUCCAUCCAUUUAUAUCACUGUUUUUAUUACUUGUCCAGAGUCUCAUCCCACAGGUAUCAUUGGCCAAUGGAGUGAACAAUGGUCUGAUCCUUUGCACAUUUUGGAAUGGAUCUUUCUGCCUCAUCAACCGAAAAAGACGGCCCCCACAGUAUUUGAAUUAGUUGCUCAAUUGAUAAUUAAAUGCUGUCAGCGGUGUUUGCAGUUAAUGGCAGCUGACCCUGGGAAAAUUAUCCUCCCGAUAGGGCGGGAGGAAUUUGAAUGGAGUCUGACCAACAGUGCCUCCUUACAGAGUGCGCUGCAAAACUUUUCAGGGCAGGUUGCUUAUCAUCUGCCCAGCCACAAACUGUUGCAAUUAGCAGGGUCAGCUGAAUUGUCCUUUCGGCAAAAGAGUAGUCGGGUGCCGGUGCAAGGACCCACCAUUUUCACUGACAGUUCAGGAAGAACGGGGAAAGCCAUUGUUACAUGGAAGGAUGAGUCUGAGUGGCAAGUGCUGGAAGGCCAUGAGUCAGGCUCAGCCCAGUUAGUCGAACUAAGGGCCGCAACCAUGGCAUUCCAGCAGUUUUCUCAGGUACCAUUGAAUUUAGUUACUGAUUCUGCUUAUGUAGCAGAUCUCGCUAAGCGUCUAGAUUGUGUGCUCCUGAAAGAAGUUGAUAAUGAGCAUCUAUUUCGGCUGCUGAAGUCUUUGUGGUGUGUAAUCCAAGCUCGAGUUCACCCAUAUUACAUUCUGCAUAUUCGGAGUCGUACCAAUCUACCAGGUUUCAUAGCAGAAGGUAAUGCCAGGGCUGAUAGGUUAGCUAACCCUGCUUGGGUAGCACCUCAGCCUGACAAAAUUGCACAAGCUAAGGCAUCGCAUGAUUUUUUCCACCAAAGUGCACAUACUUUGCAAAAACAGUUUCACCUGACACCGACCGAAGCUCGUGACAUUGUCAGUUCUUGUGCUGACUGUCAUGGACUUGCAGCACCUCUGCCAGCGGGGGUGAACCCCAGAGGGUUGAAAGCCCUGCAGCUUUGGCAGACAGAUGUUACUCACAUUGCUGAAUUUGGCAGACUUAAGUAUGUGCAUGUGUCUGUUGACACCUUUUCAUCUGCUAUGUGGGCAUCUGCUCACACCGGGGAAAAAGGUCGUGAUGUUAUUGCCCAUUGGAAAAUUGCAUUUGCAGUCUUGGGCAUACCUUCUUCUGUGAAAACUGACAAUGAUCCUGCCUAUGCCUCACAGAAGACACGACGGUUUUUACAGUUAUGGGGAGUUUCACACGUAUUCAGUAUCCCACAUUCUCCCACUGGGCAGGCUAUUGUCGAACACGCUCAUGGUACCCUAAAACGUGUUCUAGAAAAACAAAAAACGGGGAUGGUUGGAGAAACUCCACACAGCCGGCUGGAGAAAGCCUUGUACACAAUCACCUCACAGUGCAAAAGAAUUCGGAUAACCCUGUCAUUUUGAAUCAUUUUCUUUCAUUGCAGUCCUCAGGCGAGGUGCACCUGCCUCGAGCGAAAGUUUGGAUGAGAGACCUAACCACCAACAAGUGGCAAGGCCCGUGUGAACUCAUCGCUUGGGGUCGCGGGUAUGCAUGCGUUUCCACGGACACUGGGGUACGGUGGGUACCUGCAAGGUGCAUUCGCCCUGAUCUGCGACACCAAAGGCAGAAGGCAGCCAACAGGCGACCCUCAGAUGAUGACCAAGAUACCGAUCAUCACUCAGAUGGUCCUUCUACAAGCAGAGAGUGAACAUUCUUACCUGUCGACAAGUUAGACUGUCAGUUGGAACAGACUAACAAUGUUUUAUUUGUUGUGUGUGCGUGUGUUAGUUCACUGAACUAGUUGUGUUAGUCAACCAUCAGAUCCUUGCAAAGAGAACAAUCCUUAAACAUCAAAAACAUAAACCAAAAUUCUAAGUCAGUGUCCAUUCCAAGUUCUGUUAAAAGAAACCUCUUGUGCUGUGUUUGUUCUCUCUCCUGCAAGGGCCCGGCAGGACGUGACAAACACUGCCUUUUAUUUUUUUCUAACAAAAGGGGUGAGUUGUGGAUGCUAGCUUUGGAACAGGCUGCAGGGAGCCUGCAGAAACUGCAGGCCCCAUAGCUUUCUCAAGUCCAGCCUGAGAAAGUAGCCUGGGAAGUUUUAAGGAGGAAUCAAAACAAUUCUUAGAGACAGAAAACAACUGCCAGGUGCUGUUUUCCUGUCUCCUGUUGUCUUUGCAAGAGAAAGCCAGAGGGUGUUGUUCACCACUGACCAAUGAUGGUGAUGUAGCAGUUUACUAACCAAUAAGAGUUUCCUUUCUGUAUUUUCCACGAACCAGUCUAUAAAACAAGGCUGAAGCAAUAAACUAAGGAAUUCUCCUGUUCUGACUCCA